CAUGGCGGACAAAGUAGAGUUAUGCGUACGUCGUGAACUUUUGGAUCCAAAUUUUGACGGAUAUAAGCUGAGUCUUGAUCCUUUGCCAACAUAUACAUGCAAAUUAGGCAAUGGCAUUGCGUUUACGUCACUGUCUGAGGACCAGUAUUCCUACCAUCACGCUAAGUUGUUCGGAGUCCAUAAUCACCUGUAUGUGGAUCCAUGGAACACGGACUGUGUUUACUUUAUUGACAGUGGAUGGAGUAUAGUUCAAGCCCUAUCUACUGGAACCAGUGUCACUGUAACUGGUAAUGUGGGAAUAGUUCCUGAUCUGAACAGGCAGAACUCUGUGACUGGUCGACUGAAUGCCGCCCUUUGUUUUGUGUCGGAGGACUUGGCUGUAGUCGGAGAUGGUGCUGGAAAGCUUCAUCUGUAUUUCACGGGAGCUAGGAACAGUUCACAGCCCUGGAAGAUUGUAUUUUCUAAUGAUCCCUUGGAGAACAUCACCCCCUUCCUGCUGGUAGACGCAGUGUUGCAUACAGUAGACAGUACAUACAAACUGGAAUGCCUGUGUGUACAUGUGAUAGAAUGUAAUGCUGAGCAGAAAGACAAGUACAGAUCUACACAUCUAACAGUCAUCGAGUGGAUUACAGUAUCCUCAGGGGACAAAAUUACUUGGGUACAAGAGCGGAGUAGACGUCUUUAUGGGAGACGACCUUACGAUUACGCUGCCUUCAGUAAGGACGGGUCUGCUUUGGUUGUCGGGGCUGAGGCAGAUUUUGUCUUUGAGUACGACUCUCUGAAACCUGUCCGAGAAGAGGAACCCAUGGAUGCAGAAACCAAUGGCCAAGAAAAGCCCGAGCCUGAGUACACCUGGUCACAGAACACAGAGGAGGUGACUUGUGGAAACCAUUUAUUGAAGGGUCAGUUGUUUGGGGAUAUAGAUGUAGAAGGCAGCACUUGGACAAUUCAAGACCAGAGGGUGGAGGUGACAUUGAGUAAGUGUGAGGAGCAGGUGUGGUCCCAUAUUGUGGUGGGGGACAAUCGGGGGGAGAUGACGAUGGACCCGGCAAUGAUAGCUCAGAUCCAUGAAAGGCUGGCAGGACUUACCUCAGACCAAAUGAAUCCUGAUCCUGAAGAGGGAAAAGAAAAACCAUACAACUCACAACAGCUUGAGGAGUGUGACGUUUUCCCAGACGAAUCCUCUUCUAUAAUGAGAUUUGACGGAGAUACGCAUAAAAUUACACACCAGACAAACACGGGAAGCCAUCAGUUUCUUUUCUCUGCCUCUCUUGAUAAAGACAAGCCUCUGGCUCUCUGUUUACGUCAUGACGUCGACGGCAUCAUGUGGCAGCCGGAAAACCAGUGCAAAGAAACGGAACUUCCCUGGCAACAUGUGGCAACGUUCAAUGCAUUUGGUUAUGUUCAGGCCUCUAAACAAAAUCGUAAAUUUACUUUAUGUGCCCCAGACUGUUCGUUUGCUAUUAUUUGUGACAUUUGGCGACACGCAUAUGUAUAUAGGCAGCCAGAACCUAUUGCAACUCCAGUCAGAAAUCGGAAAGAUGGACGACAGAUUAGCCAUGUUGCCAAGCAACAGGUGGUUUCGUUGGAAUGUACCGAUCACAUUGUCGGUGUACAGGCAACAUCACAGAAACUCUAUAUUCUGACUGAAUCUGUAUUACAUGCUGUUCAAAUCAACUCAGGGAUACAAAUUCAGUCCUCAGUUUCAGAAACAAGCAUGUGGAAUUAAUGUUCACACAUUCAUGAAGAGCAUAACUAAAGCUUCACAUUUAUCUGAUUUGGAAUCAUUUUUUUGCCAUCAAAUUAAAUGUACUCAUUUUGUUGAUGUUUUCAAAAACGUUGUUUUUGUUAAUUUUGAUAAAUCAGUGAGACAGUAAAUUAAACUGUAUAAUAAUGUUG